CAAUAAUUUGUAUUACGAAUUGUGCUGAAAUUGAAUUUGAGGUGAUUUACGGUUGCAUCGUUUGUAAGCCCCCUAAAAAUUAGGCCAUCAAACCUCAAAGCCACACACUCACACAUCCCUUCCUACUACCAUUCUUGACCUCAUGAUCCCGACCAACCACUUCUCACAUCCUUAAAGAUCCUUAACAUUCUUCAGAUUUUAUGUUUAGUCAAUUGAUUCUUCAGAGCAGGGGGCGAUCGAAAUGGGUUCUUGAGGUAUCAACAAGGAAAAACCACCAACAUUCGUUGUUUUCUGGAAAACCGUCAACCAAGAAAUUCUGUAUAUGGCUCCGGGCACCGACGAGACGCAGUGUUUAGGUACAUUGGAAACUGGGUUUUGCAAAGAACACGAAAAAGAUUCCAACGUUGACAAGAAACCUCACGAGGAUCCCGAUGAUAAUUCGACCCAGGCAAAAGCCUCGCGCCCGCCGUUGAUGCGGCAUUGCAGCAGCCACGUCGCUUUGGUCGAUCCCUUUUCGUUGAUAUGUAGUAAUGAAGGCGGAGUAAAAUCAGGCAAGGACUCUGGAUUUCAGCCGAUUUUUCGCUCUGGAAGCUGCUCUGAGAUAGGUCCUAAGCAGUAUAUGGAGGAUGAGUUCAUUUGUGUCGACGAUCUUCCCCAACAUCUUGGUACAAAUAAAGGUUUCCCAUCUCCGGGAGCAUUUUAUGGGGUUUUUGAUGGUCAUGGUGGAAAAGACGCUGCGUCUUUCACUAGAAAGAACAUCCUCGACUUUAUCACUCAGGAUUCUCAUUUCCCAGAUGGUAUAAAAAGAGCACUGAAGAAUGCUUUCGUGAAAGCUGAUAAUGCGCUGGCGGAUGCCAAGAAUCUCGAUCAAUCUUCUGGCACCACUGCUCUGGUUGCUCUUAUUUUGGGAAGGACUAUGAUAAUAGCUAAUGCUGGCGAUUCUCGAGCUGUGCUUGGCAAAAGAGGAAGAGCCAUAGAAUUGUCUAAAGAUCACAAGCCUAGCUGCACAUCCGAAAGGAUUAGAAUAGAAAAGUUGGGUGGUGUCAUCUACGACGGCUAUCUCAACGGACAGCUCUCAGUCGCACGUGCUCUUGGCGACUGGCACAUGAAGGGUGCUAAAGGCUCACAGUGCCCCCUAAGCUCAGAGCCGGAGCUAGAGGAGUUGGUCUUGACAGAAGAAGACGAGUUCUUGAUCAUUGGCUGCGAUGGCCUAUGGGAUGUCAUGAGCAGCCAAUACGCGGUGACAAUAGUGAGGAAGGAGCUGAUGGCACACAAUGAUCCGGAGAGGUGCUCGAGGGAGCUCGUCAGGGAGGCCCUCAAGCGCAACACCUGUGAUAACCUCACCGUGGUCGUCAUCUGCUUCUCAGCAGAACCUCCCCCUCGUAUUGAGAUCCCGAGAUCGCAUAGGAGGAGGAGCAUAUCAGCUGAAGGGUUGGAUAUCUUGAAGGGUGUGUUAAGCCAGGCGUGAGAGAGAGCAUGCUGCGCUCGAGCUCUGAGACGGGUCGUCUGUUGGUGGCCGUCGAAUCUUGCCGUGCUCCCGUGUCGGCGUGUGGAUCUCACGAGAAGAAUGUUCAAUUGCAACCACAUUUGGCUAUGGGGAGAGUUGUUGCAAAUUUUUAACAUGGGAGUUGAGGUAAAGAGGUUGAGAAACUUUGUGUUUGUGUGCAGUGUAUCUAUGCUGACAUACUUAGAUCUUGGUUUUUAGCCUUUGGCAGUUAUAACUGUCAUAUUUUACUCUUACACUGUGAUCAUAUUUUAUUUUUUCCUUUUCUUUUUUUACAAUUUUAUGUACCAUUUUCUUCACUUUUUUUGACAGUGAUAUUAACCCUGAUUUUCUGAUAUUAAUAAAUGUGACUUUUUAAA